AUGAACAAGGUUCUGGCAGUAGGUUUUUUAGCACUGGUCUACUUUGACAUGGAUGGAACUGUCCAGUGUCGUUUCUGUCGAAAUGUUAAACCUGAUAACACUUGUAGCCAUCCUGAAACAACUUGCAGGGCAGGAGUAUGGAAACUAUGCUAUAGUAGGUUGAUUUCUAAAGGACUUUCUGUUGUACGUGUGAACCGGGGCUGCACUAAGAAAUGUGAAACCAUCACAUACAAGAAAAAUGACUAUGCAAAAUAUAUGCUGUGCUGUGAUCAAGACCUUUGUAAUAAUCACAAGAUCUGGGUCAAGCAAUAA